UUUCAACUUUCACUCCUGUUUGCUUGAAAAAAACCGUACCUCUGCAUGUGACGCUCCCACUCGGAGUAAUUGGAAAGUCGCCCGAAUCGCGAGUGCUGUGGAAUUUUUCUCGCGAUGAAAUUUGCUACUCUAUCAGCAGGCAACAGAGAAGCGCCAUCAGUUUAACGAGCAAAUAAAUAAAUAGAGCCAAUCACCUGGGCGACCGUCCCUGCGCGCGCCAACCAUCAGGACCCUGUGGAGCGUUUUUUUUUCUCUGCCCUAUGUUGCGCCAACUAAACGAAUCGAAAAUGGGGUCAAUUUUUCUUUCGGUGCCUGUGUCGAAAAUGGGAAAAGUCAAGCGAAAAACUUUUUAUUUUCAAUUUGCUGCCUUCGGAGCAAGCACACAACGGCCCGACACAUAUAAUCGCGGCGUGGGAGCAGGGUGAGGCGGAGGUGUAGCCGUGGAGUUCAACAACUCACGCCACCCACAACAUGGAGCAAAUUUCCGGUCCUCCGGCGCGAACCGGAACCUGCUAUCAAACGCCGCGCUCCCAUCCGUGGCGUCCAACAAUGGGUUACGAGGCGGUACAGGUUACUCCGCUGCACGAGCAACCCGUCACAAAUGUCCUCGUAGCUUCUUCCUACUCUCCGUCGGCCAUGUGCUCAGAUCCAGUCACAUUUCCAAAUCUUGUGACCGGCUUCGAACGUAACCCACAGCAUGCUGCCCGUGCUGCUCUCUACACCCGCUACACACCGAACGAGUGGACGACCUCGAACGUUACCACCUACGCCGAUGCGGACAAAAAUCGCAACUACGCCGAAAAAGUUCGCUCGGAAGCGGUUCGACUUAUGCGCGAAACGGACGAAAAAACCUCUCAAGGUCAACGAGAUGCAGCCAGACGAUUGGGCGAACGAAUAACCGACAUAACAUUCUGGAGAAAUGAACUAUCGACCGAGCUGGAGAAAUUGAUUGCCGAAUCUGCCCAGCUCACGGAUACGAAACGAAAUGUUCAAAAAGCAUUGCAAGAUUUGGAACCGCCACUGCAUAUUGCCCAAGAAUGUUUAUACCAUCGCGAGGGACGCAAAAGCAUCGAAUUAGUUCACGAUCAUGUCGAAAAGAGUUUGCUAGUUGAAGUGGAUAACCUGCGAUCCUGCCAGGAGAAGCUAUCUCAGUUGCUAACUCGCAUUACCAAACAGUUGGCCGAUUGUCGGGCAGCUCAGCACUCACUGGAGGACGAUAUAAGCCACAAGGAAUCGGCACUAGGCAUCGAUUCAUUAUGCCAUCAGCUGAACAACUACAGCCGCGGGAUUAAUUACUACGGUGGUAUUGAAAAAUAUGAUCCGACUGUUAGCACGCCCGGCACGUGGUCCGGUUCGAGCAGCACUCGCAUUAACAACUCCCACUCGGAACGGGCCAAAUCCUGCCAGCUGCGGAGUGAUGCCGAAUCGCUGAUCAAUGCGGUUGCCACAUCCGUUUGGGACUGCUGGAGCAAUACCAACAACGCGUUCAACAACCGCUCGUCCGAAAUGCUGGAGGCAAAGAGCAAAAUGCAGCUGCAUUUACACAAGACCCAGCAGGAAAUCUUCGACGUCGAGAAACACAUCGAGUUGCUGCGCAAAGCAAUAAACGACAAAUCCAACCCGAUGAAGGUAGCCCAGACUCGAUUGGAAGCUCGCGCACAUCGUCCCGGCAUCGAGAUGUGCCGUGACAAUGCCCACCUUCGCCUGGUGGAGGAAGUCUGCCACAUCCAGGAUUCAGUCUCCACGUUACAUCGAAAACUGCAGGAAGCGGAAGCGCAACACCAGCAACUGCUCAAAACAAAGUCCCAACUGGAGAACAACCUCAAGCAGAAGGUGGACGCUCUGUUUAUCGACCGGGAAAAGUGCAUGGGAUUGCGCCGCUCGUUUCCGGUCAACAACACGAUCAAAUAUUAACUGCUUCGGCCAACACUCCGCCGCUGACAGCAUAAACGAAACUAACUGCACCGCACGAAAUCGUAUGCACCUAAUUAUGAUUGUUAACCAAAUUAGAAUAGCCGCAAUAAAGUUUGACAUUGUCUUGCUACUGGA